AUGGAGGGCUGCGGCGGCGGCGGGAUCGAUCUUGGUCGUCACUCCAACCUGCAGAGCUCCGUGAUCGCGGAGAACCGAUCCAUGGGGGCGUCGGGGAAGUGGAUCAAGACGCUGGUGGGGCUCAAGCCGGCGACCGCAGCGGAGAAGCACGGCAAGGGCGGCCAGCGGGCGCCGCGUCGGCGGCGGCCUCCGAGGUCUCCGAGACCUCGUCCUCCGCCCGCCGCCGACGCGCUCAGCUCCGUCGUCGCGGCCGUCGUGCGCGCCAUGCCCGGGGACUUCCGCGUCAUCCGCCACGAGUGGGCCGCGCUCCGCAUCCGGACCGCCUUCCGAGGAUUCCUGCCGAGGCGGGCGCUGAGGGCGCUGCGCGGGAUAGUGCGGCUGCAGGCGCUCGUGCGCGGCCGCGUCGUGCGAAAGCAGCUCGCAGUCACAGUCAAGUAG